GCCAAUCGAAAGGGUGUUUGUUGAAUGGCAACAUGGCGUCGCUCUGUCAGUGACUGGGACGGAGGCUGCCGUAUGGGGAAGUGAAGCUGGCAGCUUUACGUCGGUCCCGGCUGUAAUUGGCGCCCGACACUCGGUGUGAGCGGAGCUGCAUUCGGGUGGAAAAUGUCCAGUGAAGGGGGGAAGAAGCAAUUUUGGAAGCGGAAUGUUUCCAAGGUUCCAGGCAGUAUACAACAUGUAUAUGGAGCUCAGCAUCCUCCAUUUGAUCCUCUGUUACAUGCAAACUUACUCAAAGCAAAUUCAAAGCCACAAUCUGUAUUAAUGCGGACAAAGAAGGUUACAACUUUCCAGGAGUUUGAGAGUAUUACAAGUGAUGCUUGGGAUGUUGGUGAUGAUGAUGAUGAACUCUUGGCGAUGGCUGCUCAAAGCCUUAAUACAGAUGUUGUUAUGGAAACAGCAAAUAAAGUACUUCAGAUUCAUAGCAAACUACAAGAACAGAAGCAGCAGGACAAACAAACAGAGACAUCACCAGAACAAUUGGACCGUUUAGAACAAGUGAACAAUAAAAUGGACAUCGUAAAGUCGACUGGGACAGUUGAACUUGAUAGAUCAGGUUUUGAUGAUUUUGAGAAAACUCCUCUUCAGAGGCAGCAAUCUGUUCCUUCUAGAUCAACAAUUCCAUUGGCAGCAAGAAUUGCAGACCAAGAUACCUCAGAUGCUCCUUUGAUGACUGAAAGAGAAAUGUUUCGUCUAGAAAAAUUCAGGCAGCUGCUGGCAGGUCCAAACACUGAUUUAGAAGAGUUGAGGAAGUUCAGCUGGUCUGGAAUCCCAAGACAGGUUCGACCAAUUACGUGGAAACUUCUUUCAGGUUAUUUGCCUGCCAAUGCAGAAAGAAGAGAAAGCACACUACAGCGGAAGCGAGCAGAGUAUUUUGCUUUGAUUGAUCAAUACUAUGAUUCUAGAAAUGAUGAGCACCACCAAGACACUUACAGACAGAUUGCCAUAGAUAUUCCUCGUAUGACUCCUGAGAGUUUAAUACUGCAACCAAAAGUAAGAGAGAUUCAUAUUGAUAUUCCAAGAACUAAUCCUCUUAUUCCUCUCUUUCAACAAGCUUCUGUGCAAAAGAUCUUUGAACGCAUUCUUUUCAUAUGGGCGAUAAGGCACCCAGCCAGUGGAUAUGUUCAAGGGAUAAAUGACCUUGUUACACCUUUCUUUGUAGUCUUCGUUUUUGAAUACAUUGAAGAAGAGGUGGAAAAUUUUGAUGUUUCCAGUCUGCCUGAAGAAGUGCUGCAAAACAUUGAAGCUGAUAGUUUCUGGUGCAUGAGCAAAUUACUUGAUGGUAUUCAGGACAACUACACGUUUGCACAACCGGGGAUUCAGAGGAAAGUAAAAGCAUUGCAGGAGCUUGUUAGCCGGAUUGAUGAACAAGUACAUAAACACUUACAACAGUCAGAAGUCGAAUACCUGCAGUUUGCUUUUCGAUGGAUGAAUAACCUGCUGAUGAGAGAACUUCCCCUGCGUUGUACCAUCAGGUUAUGGGACACGUAUCAGUCUGAACCAGAGGGAUUCUCACAUUUCCACCUGUACGUUUGUGCUGCUUUCCUUGUCAAAUGGAGGAAAGAAAUAUUGGAAGAAAAAGACUUUCAGGGACUGAUGAUUCUUCUACAGAAUUUACCCACAAUGCAUUGGGGAAACGAGGAGAUCAGCGUUCUUCUGGCAGAGGCUUAUAGACUGAAAUAUGCAUUUGCGGAUGCACCAAAUCACUACAAACGAUGAACCCAAAUAAGAAAAGAAAAAUCUAGAUGUGAAAGCCCUCAUUUUUCAUCUGUAUCUCAGUUUUUUGCGACAACUUUAAAGUAACCCCGUUCAUUUGGACUUGGCAUGUUAUACUUAAUAUAAUAAUUGAGUUAUUUUGCCGAUUUGGAAACAAAAAGCAAAAAUUAAUUUAAUGUAAAUUUGUCACAGUGAUUAUACCAAAUUACAGGCACAAUUUUAAGUAAACUGCAAGUUGUGCCAUUGGGUAAAAUGAUGGUGAAGGGAUGGAUAAGAUCCUUUGCUAAGGAAUAAAGUAUUUUGGAUAUAAUGGUAUCUGAGGCUUUCUGAGUAUCCUUCUGAGAAUUGGCUUUAUUUUUAUCUGCCAUUUCUUAUUUUUAUUCAGUGCUUUGGAGCACUGUGUUCACUCAAGAUUCUGCCUAAACACAAGCCAUAGCAAAUAUAAUUGUGCCACAUAAUGUCGGCAAUUGAAAAAGCCUUUUGGGUUUUCAAAAUUCUAGGAAAAGCUCCCAAUUAGGAAGUAAUGUCAUCUGCACUCUUCCAAAUAGCUGUCCUUUCUGGAUCCAAAUAAGUUAACUUGAGCAUUAUGAUUAUAAAAUCACUGUUGAUUUCUUAUAGCCGUUUACAGAGUUGAAAUAGUGCCUGACGUCAAAUGACAUGUACCCCUAAGUGAACUAUUUAUGAUCUCUCUAUUAAAGUCUGCUAUCACUAAAUAUCUGAAAUGUUUGUCUUCAAAUGAAAUACUGUUUUAUGAUCAAUUAUGUCUUUUUUUCAUGUAUAGACUGGCUUAAGAUCGAAAGUUAAUUGGUUUUCCAACAGUUUGUUUCUUUCCAGAUACAGUGGUUCCCAGUCACUCUACCAUACUCUAAUAUACCAAAGAUUCUACGAUAGCACUUAUUGUCUGUGGCUGUCACACGUACAGGAGUUCUAACACCACAAUCUUUGUCACACCGUGAUUUUAUUUUGUUCUCUUCUCCCCCCACCCCCGGGACCAUUUCAGAGAGACUUACAGAUCUGCUUUGUGCUAAAGCAAUUGUCAUAUAUAACAGAUACUUACAGAUUGCAGUGAAACAUUUGUAUUUCAGUUUAGAAAUUGUGCAGUGCAGAGCCUAUUUAUGUAUAUGCUACUUACAUUAUUGUAAAUAGAAAUGUGAUCUGCAACUGAAAUAAACUACAGGAUAAGAA